AUGGCCGCCAACUCACUCGAUAUAUGCAUGCAAGCUUGCGCUGAGCAUGCCAAUUGUGAUUUCUUCGCCUUUUGGCCCGGUCAACUUUGUGAGCUUUGGUCCGGACACUAUGAGUACGACAGCAGUGGUAAUAUGGGGGCGUCGAGCUGGUACGAGUUAAGCUGUUUCUGCGUUCCAGGGAGGGAGACGCCGCCGACUGUGGCUACAACUACUGAGGCCACAACCACCGAGGCCACGACUGCUGCUGCUGCUGCUGCAACCUACGCCUGCGUCAAUACCGAAAAGAGUCCAUUCCCGGCCAAUUUGGUCUGCAAUAGCCAUGGAGUCUAUGACGGUACCAGCAUGGAUUUCCUGGAUGCUCCGGCCAAUACCAAAACGAUGGAGUCCUGCCGCAAAGCUUGUCAUGAUGAUAAUCGCUGUACUUUCUUCGCCUUUACUCCGGGUCAGUCAUGCUGGACAUAUAGCGGUACCAUUGAAAGAGUCAACGAUCGUCAGACGGAUUACAUCUGGUAUGAUAUGGACUGUUUCUGCGAUAUAGAUGAACAACCCACCUCGACAGUUAUUGAGGCUACCACCACUGGCACAUCCGCGGAUACUACCACCUUGACAGAGCCGGUGCCUACGGAUUAG